ACUGCUCAUGCGCAGAUUUUUUUAUCGGUAAAAAGAUCGGCCGAUUUGCCCAUCAUUGCCGCGAAAAUCGGCCGAUCGGCAAAUUUUUUUUCCAACUUUACCGAUAAAAAAAAUCUGCCAAAAUACCGAAAAAAAACGGCCGAACAAUUAGCCCACUAACGAUCCGAAAAUAGUCCGAUUUUAUUUUCGGCCGAAAAAUCGGCCGAUUUUCGACCCAUCUAUGGCCUGCAUUAAAAUUAUAGGACAUUUUUAAUAACAAAAUAAAAUUCUUAAAAAAAAAAAAC